ACUCAUUCUGGAAGAAGGCGUAGCGAGAGUAGCUGACGGCUGGGUGGCCGGACGGCCUCGCCCUCCCGUCGGACUCUGAUCAGAAAUCCCCGCUGGCAAGCCCUGCUACACUCGAGCGUGGUUUUGAUGCACACAAAUACUUUCCGGGGGACGGCGCCUUGUCUUCGUGGUGUCUGCCUGCUCGCCAUCGAUUGGAGCAACGAGGCAAACCACUCAUCUUCAAUAAUGGUGGUCCUCUUUGACCUGCUAUCGCCAUCCCCCCGGCUCCCACGAAUCAAGGACGGCACAACCGGUCCGCGGCGUGACGAGUUUCUGCAGUUGUCAUGGAUUGCCAUUCUUCGGGACGGCUUCGCCGUUCAGGAGAGGGGGUGGACAUGCUGGAAGCCGUGGUGGUUCUGUGGAAGAGCUGCCAUGAGUGGUCCAGUGUUAACAAAGGCGGGCGUUAGGCCCUCCGCCGGUUGCGCCCGUAAGAACGUUUUUCUCCAUGUCGCAUCUGGAACAGCGGCAAAACGGUCCCCGGGGAAAGAAAGAAAUCUCUUCUGCCCCCCCCCCCCCCCCUUUCCAGGGUCAAGCUUUGUGGUUGCGUGGGAAUGUCGAAACAGACAAAGGUCUGAAAGAUUCGCAAAAGGCGCAGCCGCCACCACCACUACCACGCCUUCACCCAUCUGCAGGAUGGGCAUACGAAGAGGGGAAGCAAAGCAUUCCGAAUCCUUCGGCAAUUCAUUUCAGCCCCCAAUGCUGCUCAUCUCUGUCCGAAAUCAUGUCUCUACCCGAGCCGUUGACUGCGAGACUACAACCAACGGCCGUAACGAUAUGCUCCGGGCGUUUCAAAAGCCGCUGCUGGUGCGCGAGCCCUCGCUACGCCUCUGUGAGGAUAAUCAGCACUCUAAUCUGGACGAGAAGCUCGAGUGUACAUUACUGGAGAAGCUCUCCCAUCUGAUCUCGACUUGUGGGCAGGGCGGUGUUGAGUCAAUUUCCUGUCUGGUCCACUCCCAGCACUGAACCGGUCAUCACUAUGGAUACUACCCCUCGUUGGAUGAAGAUGGUUACGUCGACAUAGCUUGGUGACGGAUAUUGGGUGAUGCUGUUCUUGGUAGAGAAUAACGCCUCGCGAGGCGUUCUCUUUCGAUUUGGCCUUCUAUCUUAUAGCUCAUUGAUCACGUUGUUUUGACUGGUCGUCAACCCACGAGGCCACAACAGAGGC